AGAUAAAAAAGCAUUGCGCAAAUUGAGUUAUCGGGAUUUAUUUAGGCAUGAAUUUAGAAAGGAGACCAAAAUUAAUUGUAUUCGAUUUAGAUUAUACGUUAUGGCCGUUCUGGGUGGAUACUCACGUUUCAUUGCCGCUGCGAAGAAACAGUAUAGGAAACGUCGUAGAUGCCGCUGGAAGGAAAGUUCCUUACUACCCCGAAGUUCCAACAGUACUUGAACAUUUGAAAGCUCAGGGUUACACCUUAGCAGUCGCAUCAAGAACAGGGGAAAUAAGAGGGGCCAAUCAAGCCCUUCAGCUUUUUAACUGGGACAAGUACUUCACGUACAAGGAAAUAUACCCCGGUCGCAAAGUAAACCAUUUUAAUCAGUUCAGGAAGAUAUCUGGCAUACAGUUUCAAGACAUGCUCUUCUUUGAUGAUGAAUAUAGAAACAUCAGAGAUUUAGAAGCCCAAGGUGUGACAUCUGUUCUUGUUGAUAAUGGAAUAUCAUUUGCAGUUGUAGAAGAAGGGCUCAAAGCUUUUAGUUCUCGAACAUCUUGACAUAAAUUGUUAUGUUCUGUUGUGUAAGCACUGGUGAUGUCAGAGUGGCUGUAAAAAUUUAUAUCGCUGUAUACAAUAUUUCCAGUGAAAAGUAAUACAUCCUGUCACUUCAUUAGUUCUGUAGAGAAAGAAAAAAAAAAUGUUUCAAAUCAAACAGUUUCUUUAAACUGAAAUACUUUAGGCUGUCCAGGAAUAAAUAAUAAAUGAAUGUACUGUUGAAAAUA